ACCAUCCAAAAGAUCAAGAAAGAGCUUCCAAUCUGUCAGUCCUUAUUGUGUCUGGACCUAGUGAGUUUCCCCGUGUUGAGCCAAAUUAAGCCGCAGGCUCCACGCCUGGUAAUGCCCUUCCGUCAAUUUCUUUCAGUUUCAGUCUUGCGACCAUGCUUCCCCCAGAUCCCAAAAUUUUUGAUUUCUCGUAAGGUGCCGAGG